AUGAUUGAAUUUAAAAAAUAUUUUUUUUUGACUUCGCUAUUUUUGCAAUUAUUUACUUUCAACACAGCUUCGAUAAUAAAGGAUCGAGUUCCUUCAGAUAACCUGGAGAAUGAUUCGAUAAAAACCGUUCUCCAAACAUUAGUACCCAUUAUCCAACUUCAUGGACCUGACUUUGGACUUCAUAUAUGUGAUGGAGUAUUAAUUCAUCCCCGAGCUGUUUUCGCAUCUAGAGCUUGUAUCCGAAAUUAUUUACCACAUUCUUAUGCAGUCAGUAUUUACAAAUGGAAAAACAGCCGAGCUUCGAUAAAUCGAACUCAGCUACACAGAGUUCAGUACUUCUUGAAUAGUUACGUUUAUUUCGGAUUCUUGAAACAGGAUAAAUCUCUUUUGAACAUCCAAUCAGAAAACUAUGAAUAUAUAAAUAUGAAGACGCCAGUACUUUUGGUGUUAAAAGAGCCGAUAAACUCGAUGGUUCCAGCGACUUUCACACAUUCAAUGACAUCGCAAGACAUGCACAAUAAACAAAAAUCCAAAGAAUGCUAUCGUCUUGAGAUUGCUCCAAAUUUUUCUCAAACAAAUUCGAGUAUUGAAUCUGCAAUUCUUUACAAGGUAAUACCUGACGGUAAAAUUCUGACGCCUUCAGAGAUAAAGACCAUCUAUUAUGCUUCUGUUCACCAAAAAUUUGUCGAUGACAUAAAAAAUAAUGGCAAUAUUUCACUCUUGUAUGUUAGUUAUGACUCUAUUUUCGUAACCAGCUCCCAAAAAAUCGUUGACAAUACAAUUUCUAGAUCCUCAGGGUCUCCGCUAGUUUGCCGACGUCAUCCCCAAGAUCCUUUUCAACUAACGGGAAUUUUAAUUGAUACACUCGACAAUUUCCCGGCGUAUUUUGCCAUUAAUGAAAUCUGGACGAAGCAAAAGCUAGUUUUUCUUAACAGUCUUAAGCAAUAUAUUUAUAAAAUUACUCUCCUAUUGUCACUGACAAUGUUUUGGGAUUUUCCAGCAUCUGCUGGUACAUUGAUUGAAUCUGUCACUACUCUGAUAAUCAAAGAACCGGUAGUAGCACCACUAAUAAUAGACUGGUUGGUCCCGAUUUUGCAUAUUGGUAACCUUCAGAAUCAUUACUUAUACUUUUGUAGUGGGGUAUUAAUUCACUCUCGAGUUGUUUUAUCUGCUGGAAAAGCUUUUGACGAGUGA